AUGAGCAUUGUCGAAACCUUUCACGGCUAUAUCGAAACAACCCAAGACACUCUCCUCAUCUUUGAGGCUUGUCGUCGUGGGCUUUUGCCACGCAUCUGCCGUCGUCUGCAAGAAAAGGAACGUCGUAUCGUUCAAUCCGGUACCGUCUUUGUCUUUGACGAGCGUGAGUCAGGUAUUAAGCGCUGGACUGAUGGUCUCGUCUGGUCUCCCUCUCGUAUUCUCGGCAAUUUCUUGGUUUACCGUGAGCUUGACAAGCGCAACUCUGGCAAGAAAGAUGCCUCCCCAAUCGACCGUGCCUCGCGUUCGAGCUCAUCCAGUGAUGUCGAAUCGGCCUUGGAGAAGAACAAAGAACGCGCCCUCGUAGGGUCCCUCACAAACAGCUACAGGUUCAAGAAGAACGGUCUGGUCAAGAAGACAAUGUCUAUUGUCGUCAACGGCGUCUCGCAGCAUUUAAUCUCGUAUUAUUCCAAGGAUGAUGUCUUGGCAGGCAAACUCCGCACGCCAUCCUCCGUUCCUGAGCUUGCAAGCCUUGAGAUCAGUCCAGAUUUCUUGAUGAAGCAGAACUUCCGUAUCCCACCGACUGUUGAGCAGUCUUAUGAUCAGAGUGUGGGCUUUGAGUGA